UUGUAGCUUUUGGCUCCCAAAGCCCUUGAUUUCCUUUGGAGUUUGGGAGGAGAGACGUGAGGAGGAGGAGGGGGGAGUGGAGAGGCUGCCUUUCCUAGGGCCUUCGUCAGAGCAGAGUGGUCAGGAAGAGUCCUUCCACGCCGGAGAGAGCAACGACGUGCUGGGAUCGGAGCAGCGGGAUUGCACUCCUCUACGGCAGAUGAGAUGAAGCAGCUCUUCCUCCUCUUCCUCCUCGGGCUCAUCGCCAGCUCCUUGCAGAUCGAAGACAACAAGAUCCCUGGGCUGUGCUCGGGGCAGCCGGGCAUCCCAGGGACACCGGGCUUGCAUGGGGGCCAGGGUCUGCCAGGCAGAGACGGACGAGAUGGCCGGGAUGGAGCGAUGGGGAUGCCAGGGGAGAAGGGUGAGAUGGGCCCUCCAGGAGCACCGGGUCCCCGAGGAGAGGUGGGCAGCCCCGGCAUGGAUGGCAUGCAUGGUGAGAAGGGGGCCCAGGGCGAGUGCGCGGUGGCGCCCCGCUCAGCCUUCAGUGCCAAGCGCUCCGAGUCGCGCAGCCCGCCGCUGGCCGACCAGCCCAUCCGCUUCGACGUGGUGCUCAUCAACGAGCAGGGCCACUACGACCCCAACACGGGCAAGUUCACCUGCGAGGUGCCCGGCCUCUACUACUUCGCCGUCCACGCCACCGUUUACCGCGCCAGCCUCCAGUUUGACAUCAUGAAGAAUGGCCACUCCAUCGCCUCCUUCUUCCAGUACUACGGGAACUGGCCCAAGCCCACAUCGCUCUCGGGGGGAGCGCUGGUCCGCCUGGAGCCCGAGGAUGAGGUGUGGGUGCAGGUGGGCGUCGGGGACUACAUCGGCUUCUACGCCAGCGUCAAGACAGACAGCACCUUCACCGGCUUCCUCGUCUACUCCUACUGGAAAAACUCCGCUGUCUUCGCCUGAGCCUGUCUUCGGCUGCGGCCGGAGCCGAGGUGUGAGCCCUUCUCACCCACUUGUACCCCAGUGAGGGCAACGCCGGGUCCUGGCCACAUCGUAGCCGGGACACUGAGACCCCGCUCCGUUGCUGCUGCCCAGCGCAGGGCAGGAAUAUGGCCCCUCUGCCUCCCCACAGGCGGCCGGAGCAUCGCUUCAGCAGCGCUGUGUAACAGCUAAGUAUUACCUCGGGCACUCCGUUCUGGGGCAGGAUGCCCGCGCUCGGGAGCCUCAAUAACGUGGUUGCCAUAUAUUCCUCACCGUAGCCACCUUGGCUCGCAGCACAGCCCCACUGGCAUGGGCACAGCCCCCCAUCCCACGCUUCUCCCCAUGCACAGAGCGAUCCCAGGCUGCCUGGCCGCUGGCACGGCGAGGGUCCCGUCGCACCGCGGUCCUGGCGUGCUCCACGGACAACACUGUGCCCUUUCCACCUCCCCGGUGCCUUCGCCUACUCUUUCACCCCCAAUAAAGGACU